AUGAACCCCCCUCAGAAGUCCUCUUGGGCUAUGGUGGUGGGUCGCGGAAAGGGAGAUAAGAGCCAGAAAGGCACUUCCCAAUCUGCCCUUCCUCCUCCUCCCUCCUCCGCAAAGAGGAGGGAAGAGGAGAAAAGGCGGGACCGGGUCCUCGCAAUCAAGAGGGCGAAGAAACGGCUCCCGAGAGCGGCUGCAGUCUUCGUCUCCGUGAGAGGACAGAGCUCCUUUGCGGAGACCAUGAGGACCAUGAAGGACAAGAUCUCCCUAUCGGAGCUGGAAAUCGACCAUAUUAGGCCAAAAAACAGCUUCGGGGGAGGUCUUCUCCUGGAAAUCCCAGGAAAUAGGAAGGAAGCGGAGAUGAAGGCGUCUCGUCUCACCUCCGCGAUGAACGUCGUCCUCGACCAGACCGAGGACGUUAAAAUAACACGGCCAACGCGCAGGCUUGAUCUCCGCCUUCGCGAGAUUGGGCCAACGGAGGCCAACCUGGAAGACAUCCGGGCGGCCGUUGCGAAGGCUGGGGGGUGUUCCCCCAAUGAAGUUAGGGUGGGGAACAUACCCACCAUAGUACGGGGGGUCUGCACAGUCUGGGUGCAAUGCCCAGACAGAGCUGCGAUCAAGGCGGCGAAAUUGGGCCGGGUAACAGAGGGUUGGUCCACCAUUGAGGUGGAACUACUCAAAAGUAGACCGGCCCGCUGUUACCGAUGUCACGCCCGUGGACAUCUGCAGCAGUGCUGCCCGUCUGGUAUAGACAGGACAGCCUGCUGUAUGAAUUGCGGAGAGGGUGGACACAGACUGGCACAGUGCAGAAAACCUGCUCACUGUCCAGUCUGUGCACUGAAAGGAGAAAAGGCAAACCACAGGGCGGGGUCGGAGAGUUGUCCCCCAAUCCCCCCUCCCCACCCGUAA